AUGAAUAAGAGCUUUAACAACGUUCUUAGAUUGACUUUGAAAAGAACAAUGACUCAAGGUUCCAGACAUUACGAUUUUUUGGUUAUUGGAGGUGGUUCUGGUGGCGUUGCUUGCAGUAGAAGAGCAGCAUCUUAUGGUGCGAAAACGCUUUUAAUUGAGGGCCAAGAAAUGGGUGGAACUUGUGUUAACGUUGGAUGUGUUCCCAAGAAAGUGAUGUGGUACGCUUCGGAUUUGGCUACUCGAGUAUCGCAAGCACAUGAAUAUGGGCUUUACCAGGACUUACCAGUUGAUCAAAAACAUCUUACUUUCAAUUGGAAUCAAUUCAAAACCAAGCGGGAUGCGUAUAUCAAACGUUUGAACGCUAUCUAUGAACGGAAUUUGACGAAAGAAAAGGUAGAUUACAUUUACGGAUGGGCGCGGUUCAAUGAAGACGGAAACGUCGAAGUGACGAAACACGAUAAAUCCAAGGAAACGUACACGGCAGACCACAUUUUGAUUGCGACCGGUGGUACUCCUGUUAUGCCAAAAAAAAUUCCGGGGUAUGAAUUAGGGAUUGAUUCUGACGGUUUUUUCAAACUUGAAGAGCAACCUAAAAAAGUCGUUGUUGUAGGUGCUGGUUACAUUGGAGUCGAGCUCGCAGGUGUAUUCCAUGGGCUUGGCACGGAAACCCAUUUGGUGAUCAGAGGUGAGACCCUCUUGCGUAAAUUUGAUACUUCCAUCCAAACUACGAUUACGGAUCAUUACGUGAACGAGGGCAUUAACAUUCACAAGGUUUCUCAGAUUGAAAAAGUAGAGGAAAGUGACGGGAAGACGGGCAAGAAAACAAUCACCUUAAACACUGGGGAACAGAUUACCGAUGUCGACAGUUUGAUAUGGACCAUUGGUCGUAAGUCUUUGACUGGAAUCGGUCUUGAACAUGUUGGCGUAAAACUCAAUCAACUGGGACAAGUUAUAGUCGACGAGUACCAAAAUACCAACGUCAAGAACAUUUACUCGCUGGGUGAUGUUGUUGGUAACGUCGAACUCACCCCGGUGGCCAUUGCAACCGGCAGAAAGCUUGCUAACAGGUUGUUCGGACCAGAGAAGUUUGCGAAUCAAAAGCAAGAUUUUGAAAAUGUUCCAAGUGUCGUUUUCUCGCAUCCAGAAGCCGGUACGAUCGGUUUGACCGAGCAAGAAGCGAUUGAGAAAUAUGGGGAGGCUAACCUCAAGAUUUAUAACAGCAAGUUUACUGCAAUGUACUAUGCCAUGUUGGAACACAAAUCUCCUACCAGAUACAAGCUGAUUUGUGCUGGUCCCGAAGAAAAGGUGGUUGGGCUACAUAUUGUGGGAGAUUCUUCUGCUGAAAUCUUACAAGGCUUCGGUGUGGCAAUCAAAAUGGGUGCCACCAAAGCGGACUUCGAUUCUUGUGUUGCCAUUCAUCCUACUUCCGCCGAAGAGUUAGUGACUCUUAGAUAA